UAAGAUUUCAGAAUCACGAAACCCACGUGCACCGUACACUCUCCUCUCCCCGUCGUUGAACCGUUUGUUAUUGCAGACCGAAGAAAAUGGAGAGCAGCGCCGUCACAGCAAACAUCCGACUAAGUUGCCAGAUCUGCCCCUCUCGACAUUCUUCCCCUCUCUCUCUAUUCAGACCUUCUCUCUCUUUCAAGCUGCAAAAGCAGUUUCCUCUAACUAAGCAGAAUGUUCUGGAAGCCGCUUCUCCUCUUAGGCCUUCUGCGACGCUAUCCAAUGCCUACAGUGAAACGGUUGAAUUAGCUGACAUAGAAUGGGAUAAUCUUGGAUUUGGCCUUCAACCUACUGAUUAUAUGUAUAUCAUGAAAUGUCCGCGUGGUGGAACCUUCUCCAAAGGUGAAUUAAAGCGUUUUGGGAACAUUGAAUUGAGUCCCUCCGCUGGAGUUUUGAAUUACGGCCAGGGAUUGUUUGAGGGUUUGAAAGCGUACCGGAAAGAAGAUGGGAAUAUACUCCUCUUCCGUCCGGAAGAUAAUGCUUUGCGGAUGAAGACAGGGGCGGAGCGAAUGUGCAUGCCGUCGCCUACUGUUGAGCAGUUUGUGGAAGCUGUAAAGGAUACUGUAUUAGCAAACAAACGUUGGGUUCCCCCUCCUGGCAAAGGUUCCCUGUAUAUUAGACCAUUGCUAAUGGGAAGUGGACCUGUACUUGGUCUUGCACCUGCUCCGGAGUACACCUUUCUAAUAUAUGUUUCACCUGUUGGGAACUACUUCAAGGAAGGUUUGGCCCCAAUCAAUUUGAUUGUCGAAAAUGAUUUGCAUCGUGCAACUCCUGGUGGCACUGGAGGUGUGAAGACCAUUGGAAACUAUGCUGCAGUUCUGAAGGCACAGUCUGCAGCAAAAGCUAAAGGCUACUCAGAUGUUUUAUACCUUGACUGUGUGCACAAAAGAUAUUUGGAGGAGGUUUCUUCCUGCAAUAUUUUUGUGGUUAAGGGUAACAUUAUUUCAACUCCAGAUAUUAAAGGGACUAUCCUACCUGGUAUUACUCGCAAAAGUAUAAUUGAUGUUGCUCGAAGCCAAGGGUUCCAGGUAGAGGAGCGAUUAGUGUCUGUGGAUGAAUUGCUUGAUGCUGAUGAGGUCUUCUGCACGGGAACAGCUGUGGUUGUAUCACCUGUUGGCAGCAUUACUUACCUUAGCAAGAGGGUAUCAUAUGGAGACGGUAUUGGAGUGGUUUCACAGCAACUUUAUACUGUCCUUACCAGAUUACAGAUGGGUCUUACGGAUGAUGAAAUGAAUUGGACUGUUGAGCUGAGAUAAGCACACAAAGAAAAGCUUGCAGUGCAUCAUUUGCUGGAAUUUCUUAGAAUCUCCAAGCUCUAGAAGCUGUUUUUGAAUUUUCUUUUUUUCAUAUAUGAUGAGCUGCUGUAGAUAGUACUCUUGUGUGUGUAGCUGCUAGUGAAUGACUAACGCAAGCACAU